AUGCCUCCCACACCCCGCCCCCUAACCCUCAUCGUCGCAACCACCCCCAUCCCAACCCCCGCCAGCACCACCGAGAGCAGCAGCAGCACCACCACCACCCCAAUCCGCCUCGGCAUCGGCCACUCGGGCACACUCCCCUGGCCGCGAAUCAAAACCGACAUGUCAUUCUUCGCCCGGGUGACCUCCCGCCCGCCAGUGCCCGGAACCACCAACGCGAUAAUAAUGGGUCGGAAAACGUACGAUUCCGUGCCGGCGCAUCUGCGGCCGCUGGCGAAGCGCAUUAGCACCAUCAUUACCCGGGAUGUGGAGGGGUUGAAACCUAGGGUGGCGAGGGAGGUUGAGGAUCGGAAAGCCAAGCUUGCUGCGUCUGCUGCUGCUGCAUCAUCUACAUCUGGGGGUAAUGGUAAUGCUGUGCAGCCAGCGACAGAUGCAAUCGUGUGCGGGGGAUUGAAUGAGGCGCUGCAGGAGCUGGAGACGCGGUAUGGAGAAGGGAAACUAGGCAAGGUGUUUGUGAUUGGUGGGGCGGAGAUAUAUGGGGCUGUUUUGGCUGCGAAAGGAGGGCCGGUGAGGAUUGUGAUGACGAAUGUGGAGAAGAAGGGGUAUGCGGAGGGAGAUCGGGGGGAUGUGUUUGAGUGUGAUACGUUUUUCCCGGUGGAUGAGGAACUGUUUGGGGAGAAGGAGGGGUGGAGGAGGGUUACGCCGGAGGAGGUUACCGAGUGGGUUGGGGAGGAGGUUACGGGGAGGUGGAUUGAGGAGGGGGAUGUUAGGGUGCAGAUGGUGGGGUAUGAACGGGUGUAA